AUGUACGAGGCUGACUGGAACUGCUUUCAGCUCACCCUGGACACUUGUCUCCCUGACUCCCUCUCCAUCUCUUCAACUGAUGAUGUCUCUGAGGCAACCCAAGUUAUCACUGAGGCUAUCCAGAUGGCCCAGGAUGAUGCCAUCCCCAUCCUGACUGCCAAAACCUCCAGACCCUACUCCAUCUCCCAAACCACCCUUUCCUUAAUUAAGGAAGUCAGGGCCACUAGAAGCUGGAUCUGCCAUAUGCCCACACCUGUUACUCAAGCACCCCUCUCUCUCUCACAAGGUGUUGUCCUGCAGACUAGGUGCCACUUCGGACAGCCUGGUGGACCAGAGUUACACCACAACGAACAUCUCACCCGCAGACAAUCUGCCUCAAAACCAACUCCUGAAGCUAAUAAGACCACCACCAUCGAGCAAGACCGACCGUCGAUCUCCAACCAGGAAUCUCAGCCCUAGGACGGACCUCUAACCCCCCCCCCUCCCCACCCCAGCGACCAUGAUCCCAUACUGUUGUUGGAUGAAUGAAAAGAGA